UAGAGCUUGGCCGCCUACUUAUUCGCGACUCCGAUCACCGUAGAGGUAGUGCACAGCACCGCCGCCGCAACGAUGAUGGCCAGACCAUUCGUGCUCCUGUGCGUCCUGCUCGCCGUCGUUGUCACCGCCGCGGCGUCGGCAGCCAGGGAAAAGGAGGAGGAGCCGUCCGCUUACAUCGUGCAUGUCGCCCACGCGCACGCGCCGCCGCUGCCGCGCCGUGGCCUGCUCAGUACCCGGGCGUACGCCUCAUUCCUGCGUGACCACGUACCCGUGGACAUGUCGCUCCCGGCGCCGCGGGUGCUCUACUCCUACUCCCACGCCGCGACGGGCUUCGCGGCGCGCCUCACGGGGCGCCAGGCCGCGCACCUCACGUCCCAGCGCUCCGUGCUCGCCGUCGUGCCCGACGUGAUGCAGCAGCUGCACACCACGCUGACGCCAUCCUUCCUCGGCCUGUCCGCGUCUUCCGGCUUGCUGCCGGCGUCCAACGGCGCCUCGGACGUCGUCAUUGGCGUCCUCGACACCGGCGUGUACCCCAUCGACCGCGCGGCGUUCGCGGCGGACCCAUCGCUGCCGCCGCCGCCCGGCAAGUUCCGCGGUGCCUGCGUCUCCACUCCGUCGUUCAACGCCUCCGCCUACUGCAACGGCAAGCUCGUCGGCGCCAAGGUCUUCUACAAGGGGUACGAGGUUAACCUGGGAGGCCCGAUCAACGAGACGGAGGAGUCCAAGUCGCCGCUCGACACCGUCGGCCAUGGCACGCACACCGCCUCCACCGCCGCCGGCUCUGCCGUUCCGGACGCGGCUUUCUACGGCUACGCCAGAGGGAACGCCGUCGGCAUGGCCCCGGGCGCGCGCAUCGCCUCCUAUAAAGUGUGCUGGAAAUACGGGUGCCCGAGCUCCGACAUCCUCGCGGCGUUUGACGAGGCCAUCGCCGACGGGGUCGAUGUCAUCUCCGCUUCGCUCGGCUCCUCCGGCUACGCGGAGCCGUUUUAUAUGGACUCCACCGCCGUGGGUGCCUUCAGCGCCGUCCGCAAGGGCAUCAUAGUCUCUGCCGCCGCGGGAAACUCCGGCCCCGUCGAGUCCACCGCCAACAACAUCGCGCCGUGGUUCUUGACCGUCGGCGCGUCCACCAUCAACCGCCGGUUCCCGGCGGACGUCGUCCUCGGCAACGGCGAUACCUUUUCUGGCGCUUCGCUCUACGCCGGCCCCCCGCUUGGCCCUACCGCGAUACCGCUCGUGGACGGCCGAGCCGUCGGCUCGAAAACCUGCGAAGCUGGGAAGAUGAACGCCAGCUUGGUGGCCGGGAAGAUCGUUUUGUGCGGCCCUGCAGUCCUGAAUGCUGCGCAAGGAGAGGCCGUCAAGCUCGCCGGCGGCGUCGGAGCAAUCCUCACGAGCACCAAACAAUUCGGUGAGCUGGCUGUCGGCAGCCCCCACACCUUCCCUGCCACAACCGUCACGUUCGCCGCUGCGAAAAGGAUUAAAACGUACAUGAACAAGACUACAUCCCCAGCCGCGACGAUCGUGUUCCACGGCACGGUCAUCGGCCCGACGCCAUCUUCCCCAAGAAUGGCGCCCUUCUCGAGCCGCGGGCCGAACCUCCAUGCGCCGGAGAUCCUCAAGCCGGACGUCACGGCACCCGGCGUGGAGAUCCUCGCCGCCUGGACCGGCGCCGCCUCACCUUCGGGCCUCGACAGCGACAGGAGGCGAGUGCACUACAAUGUCCUGUCGGGCACGUCCAUGGCGUGCCCACACGUGAGCGGCAUCGCCGCAAUGCUCCGGCAGGCGAGGCCGGGGUGGAGCCCCGCCGCGAUCAAGUCCGCCCUGAUGACCACCGCGUACAACGUCGACAGCGCCGGCAACGUCAUCGGAGACAUGGCCACGGGCAAGGCGUCCACGCCGUUCGCGCGCGGGGCAGGCCACGUGGACCCCGACCGCGCCCUUGACCCGGGUCUCGUGUACGACGCCGGCACGGACGACUACGUCGCCUUCCUGUGCGCGCUCGGCUACACCGCCGACGAAGUCGCCGUCUUCACGAGAGACGGCUCGUCGACCAACUGCUCGGCGGCCCCGGGCUCCGCCUAUGUGGGAGACCACAACUACCCGGCCUUCGUGGCGGUGCUCACCUCGCGCAACGGGACCAUCACGCAGCGCCGCGUCGUGCGCAACGUCGGCAGCGAUGUGGUGGCCACGUACCGAGCCACGGUCACCAGCCCCGCCGGCAUGCGCAUCACCGUGAAGCCGCGGAAGCUGCGGUUCAGCAAGACGCACAAGACACAGGAGUACCAGGUCACCUUCGCUAUCCGAGCUGCGGGGAGCAUCAAGGAGUACACGUUCGGGUCGAUCGUGUGGAGCGACGGCAAGCACAAGGUGACGAGCCCCAUCGCCAUCGCUUGGUCGCCACCGGCGAGCGAAAUCGCGGCGCUGUGAUGUGUCUUUUUUUAAUAUAAAUUUCUCUUUUAUUUUUUCAUGAGAUGGUGAUAUUAAUUUGGAUGAUAGCAUUGUCAAUGGUCUGGCAAAUAAGAUAUGUGCUAAUUUGAACUUUUUAAAAAAAAAAAGUAAGAU